UACACACUCACCCUUUUAAAUUGAACCCAAAGAAGAAGAAGACGAAAAUGGCGGCUCCGGGCAAGCAGUACGGAUUGAUAUUGUCUCGAAAGGCCAGCUCCAAAACAGCUGUCCUGCAGAGGCCCUCUGUGUUCGGUGAUGACUCAGAUGAGGAGCUAUCCGUUGGAGAAAGCUUGCAGAAGGAAGCGGUGAAGAAGAGGAUGAUGAAGCAGACCCGGCUGGAGAUGCAGAAGGCGCUGGAGCAGGAUAGCAGCGUGUACGAGUACGACAACGUUUAUGACGACAUGCAGAAGAAGAAGGAGGAGAGCAGCAAACGGCUGCUGAGCGCUGAAAACAAGAAGCCCAAGUACAUCGCCCAGCUAAUGCGCGCAGUCGAGGAGAGGAAGAAAGAACAGGAGCGGAGGGACGAACGCAAGAUACAGAAAGAGAGAGAGAUGGAGGGAGAGGAGUUCAAGGACAAAGAGGCCUUUGUGACCUCAGCCUACAGGCAGAAGCUUCUGGAGAGACAGGAAGAGGAAGAGAGGCUAAAGCGAGAGGCGGCUGCAGAAGCUGCAAUGGACGUGAAGAAGCAGAAGGAUCUGAGCGGCUUCUAUAGACACCUGCUGAAACAGACGGUGGGAGAGGACGGACCUGCGGAACCUUCCAGACCCGGGGAGCCAGCCGCUGAGGACACACGGACGUCCCCCCGGGCGUCGCCGCCCUGCAAAGCCGAAGCGGACGCGGCCUCUCACGGAGACAGCGGGCAGCAGGCGGACGAGCCGCCGGCGUCCCGGAGCGGCCACUCCAAACGGCAGUACAGGCACCGCUCGCCCUCCUCCGACAGGGAGGAGCAGGAGCACGCGGGCCGAGAGAGGAGCCGCAAGGACAGGGGGGAGGAGGGCGGACACCACGGCCGGAGGCCGGAGAGGGAGCGCGAGGAGGACCGGAGCCGAGAGAGGGGGAAGAGAGAGGAGAGGCAUGGACAGAAGGACAGGAGAGAGGAGGAGAAACCGAGAGACCGGAACCACGGGAGGGAGAGGGACGGGGACAGAGACCGGAAUAGAGAGAGAGACCGGGACCGAGACCACGAGAGAGACCGAGACCACGAGAGAGACCGGGACAGAAAAAACGACCGGGACAAAGAUGGGGAAAGGAGGGGAAGAGAGAAAGAUGGAAAGAGAGACCGAGAGAGGGAGAAGGGCAAGGAGGAGGAGAGACAGGAAGGCGGGACAACGGCGGCUGAAGAGAAGCCAGCCCCCGAGGAGCAGAGCAAGGAGGCCCCAGAAGAGGGCGCCGCCUCUGAGCCCAGCAAGUUCGCCAAGCGCAGCUGCGACGAGACGAUGCGCUCGGCCAGAGACCGCUUCCUGUCCCGCCAGAUCGCCCGCUCCACGGCCAAGGCCUACAUCGAGAAGGAGGAGGACUAAGAUUCGUGCACUCACCAAUGUUGACAUCCGCUCCAGUGGUGUUCACAUUACUGUACAUAGCGUGUGUGUGUGUGUACAUAGCUCUACGAGCAUUUCUUACACAUGUUGGCUACAUCUCCAAUAAUGCCUUGGUUUGAUCUCAUAGAAUAAUAUAAAAUAAAGCUGGAGAUUCGAACCUU